CCCGGAUGGAGGCGGAAUGGCGGCGGUUUUGUGGGGAUUGUUGGCGGGAGCUGGGGGCCCGGGACCGGCGUCAGCUGGAGGAGAGCCCGGGGAUGGCGGAUACCCUGAGGCUGUGCGGGCGGCUACUCCGUUUGAAGGAAAUGGCCAUUUUAGCCCAGCUGAGUGCGCAGUACUCAACACAGAAAGAUCCCGCAGUUGAACUGGAAUUCAAGCAGCGGGGGAACGCCCAGUUCAGGCUGAAGGACUACGCUCACGCUGUGGCCUUGUAUUCGAAGGGACUUCACCACAGCUCCACACACUCCCCCCAGGCUGCACUGCUCUAUGCCAACCGCUCAGCAGCACUGUACCAGCUACAGCGAUACCAAGAAUGUCUGGUGGAUAUUGAGAGAGCUCAGGAACACAAUUAUCCCCAUGAGCUGCUACAUAAAAUCCUGGCACGCCGUGCAGCCUGCUUACAGCGUUUGGGCCAAGCCGAUGGAGCCUCUGACCUCUGCAGCAGAGAACACCUCAGUGCAAGAGGCAGAGGGAGAGCCAGGAUGCAGAACCAGGCCACAACAGAAGGGGCCCCUUGUGGACAGACAAAGACCUCAGGAACUCUGUGCGAAAUAUCUCCGUCCAUCGCCGUGCGCUCUGACAGUUCCCGGGGCCGCCAUUUGGUAGCAACGGAGGAGCUGAGGCCAGGAGAGGUCUUGCUCCAGGAGGAAGCCUUUACAGCUGUGCUGAUCCCAGAGGGAGCCAGUAGAGAGCCGUUCUCCAAUGAGGAUGUGUACUGUCACCACUGCCUUGAGGGGACUGAGCUCCCUGUCCCCUGUCUGACCUGUAGCUUCAGCAGUUACUGCAGUGAGCUGUGUCGAGAGCAGGCCUGGAAUCAGUAUCACUGGCUGGAAUGCGGACUUGGGGGAUUCCUGUUUGCACUGGGCACAUUCACCCAGCUUGCACUCCGCACCGUGCUGCUGGCAGGUAUACAGGAGGUACAGAGAGCAGAAAAGUUGGAGAGUGGACCUGACCAAAGGUCAAUUGGUGAAUGCAGCGUGAGGCACAAUCCAGACCACAAAGUGGAACUGAGCAGUUGUUUUUCUGGGAUGUCAGGGGUUGGCGAUGGGAUGCCCAGGGGCGCUCAGAGCCGUUACCAGAUGAUCCACAGUCUCCUGACCCACACCAGAUUGCAAACACCAGAGCACCGCUUCCUCUGUGGUCUUACCGCAGCAGCUGUGUGCCAGGAGAUCAGGCGAAUGGGGCUGGAGUCACGGUUGGUGGAGCAGGAUGCAAUUAUUGCCCAAGACCAGGGACUGAGGACACUGGGAGUGGCAUUGCUCCAACACCUCCUCCAGCUGGAGUGUAAUGCUCAGGCUAUCACUGCACUCAGAGUCACAGGAGGCGGACAUUCCCAUGUGGCAGAGAUGGAAGAGGUCAGGAUUGCGACUGCCUUCUAUUGUACAGCCAGUCUGCUGAACCAUUCCUGUGAACCCAACACUAGUGUCACAUUCCACAACACCACCAUCAUUGUGAGAGCCUCCCAGCACAUUGCAGCAGGCCAGGAAGUGCUACACUGCUAUGGGCCGCACUGGAGCCGGAUGGCAGUGAGGGAGCGACAGCAGGCCCUGAGAUCGCAGUAUUUCUUUCACUGUCAGUGCACUGCUUGUGUUCGUGAGGAGGGGGAUGUUGGAACGGACUCUGUGCCUGGCCCAUUCCUCUGCUCUCAUUGUGGGGUCGCGUUACAGGAUUCGAAGGAGGCUCAUUGCACAUGCCCAAACAGCUCCUGUCGUCUCAAAGUCUCCAAACAAGCCCUCUUCCAACAAGUGAAGACAGUGAGAGAGCAGAUUGGGUUCGCCAGGCACCUUAGUACUCAGCAUCCAGAUCAAGCCCUUCGGUUGCUUUCUGAAUGUCAGCAGUUAGCUUGCACCCUCGUCUCUGACCAACACCCAUUGCAAGGAGAGAUCCAGGACUGCCUGGCACAAACUCAUGCUUCCCAAGGUGAUUGGCUAACUGCUGCUCGGCACAUGAGGAAGAGCAAGGAGUUGGUGCGGAUUCAGUAUGGAGCCCAGAGUGUGGAACUUGGCAAAGAACUCUUCAAACUGGCACAGCUUCUCUUCAAUGGACAUGUUGUCGAUGAAGCAUUAAAUGUUACUGAACAGGCUGAGAACCUGCUCUUGCUACACUGUGGGGCUGAACAUGAGAUGGUGGUAGAGUUGAGGGCAAUGAAGUCCUGCCUACAGACUCUUCCAAGCCAGUUUGCUAGGUCUCCCAAAUUGUAUCACAGAGAGUGACGGGAUCCUCGACCAACCGAGCGAUGUCUCCACCCAGGCUCCUCCCAGGGAAACACAUCAGAUACCACUCAGUCAACUUAAGGAGCAUUGUAACUGAAGCUAUACUCAAGAGCUACAGAUGGAACUGGCAGUGCUGCCUCCUCACGGUUCGAGUCUGCCAAAUGUUUGUAAAAAUACAUUGAACUGUUUGAAAUUCAUUAAAUAACUAAGUGUCA